AUGGCUACUGGUAUUGGCUCCAAAGCGGAAGGCGUCACGACGUUUCCUUGGCCUGCUGGCGAGAAGUUUCGCUAUGCAAUUUCAGUACAAGGCGAAAAGCUGAAUAUCUGGUUGGAGUCUCGAUCUAGUAAACAGCAAUGGCAAUCUGGGUAUUUAAGCAAAGGAGAAUUUGUAAGUGCUGCAAAUACAUUCGUGGAUGCGUCAACCAUGGACUACGCUUCGUACUUCCGACAGUGUUUAGACUGCCUGUCAGACAGAAGUCAAGAAUCACACCGUAAACUGGAAUCAAGGGUAAAUAGCGGGCUUCGGCUUGAGUUGAGUUUCAAUCUUCGCCUACUUGAGUCCGUUCGAAACGCCAACUACGUCUUCGAGCUCAAGCCUGUCGCCGUAGAGAGGAUUGACUUGUUGGAGUCGAGGCUGAGAGAUCAAGAAGAGGAGAUGGAACAACUGCGCGGCCAAGUUGAUAUAUCUGAUCGCGCCUUUUUGUAUGCUGAAAGCGCAGUCUGGACAGCGUCAAAGCUCCAAUGGAAGCCGCUAGCCUCUGAUAAAUUUAUACUGGCUGCUGACAGUACGUCGAUCACGUUUCGAAUUCCAGGCCUGUACGCUAUUGCGGUGCUUGUGAAUCAUUGGCCAAAUCAGAAUAACACUUCAGGGACGAUAUCGUUGAUUAAGAAUGAAGUCAAAAUUCAGCGUGCGGUAACUGGUUCUACCAACCUUUACGACAGCGGCUACGGCAAAAACCUGUCUGCUGGUCACCGGACCAGUACGUCGCUUAUGUGUGUGGUACAAGCCAAAGAGGACGAUAGAAUUGCUGUAUCGUGUACGAAGACCACGUACGUUGACGACACUGCUUCGUAUUUGACGGCGGUUCGCAUGGGAUUUUAACGAACGGACCGACAAUUAUCAGGAAGACAACGUGGUUGCAGUUUUGAGUAGCUGGAACUUUGAUGCAUGAACAGUGAUAUGACUCCAUAGUAAGUUUUACUGAAUUAUUUGCAUUUAUUAAUUUGGAAC